GUUUCUGAUCUGAGCCCCUUCAGUGGCAUUCACCCUAAGGUCCUGAGUCCUGGUGAUUUGUUACUGUUUAGUUUAUCCAUUUUCUCACAACCUUAUCUACUAAAACCUCAGUUUGGGUUAGCUUUACUGAUUUGUCCCUGGAAAGGUUUCUUACUAUAGUCAAAGUCCCUUCCUGCGACUGGUUUUAAGCUGCCUCUCUCCAUGGCUGACCUUCCACUACAGCUCCAGAGGACCAGGACAGUCCUAGAAGAACAGGGCCAGAAGGAACCUCAGGAGGUCACCCAGUCCAGCCUGCUGCUUUUGGCAGGAACAUCCCUGUCUAAUCCAUCCAGCCAAGCGUUAUUCUGACCUGCACUUAAACUUCCACUGAAGAAGACUGCACAGCCUCUCUAGACUCCAUGCCUGGCCUUGAAGAUGCUUGCUUCUCUCAGUGCCUCCAUUCCCCAUCUGCAAAAUAAAGGGCAACAGUACUGCCCCUUGCUUUCCACUCCGAGUGGGACAGUAUCUGCAAGAGCAGGCAUCAGUAGUUCUCGUGGGUGUCUCAUGAUGCUGUGUCGAGCUGCUCUGAGCCCCUGCUUCCACGCCCCUGGACGGUCCCUUCUCUUCUCACCAUGGUCCAUCGCAGCUAUUGCCCGCCCUUCUCUCCCUGCCCACAACUGGGUGCUGAAGAAUGGCUCUGUCCGCUGCUGGAGCAACAUCCCAUUCAUCACUGUGCCACUCAGCCGGACGCACGGCAAGUCGUUUGCUCACCGCAGUGAACUGAAGCACGCUAAGCGGAUCGUGGUGAAGCUGGGCAGUGCUGUGGUCACCCGUGGAGAUGAGUGUGGAUUGGCUCUUGGGCGGCUGGCAUCCAUUGUUGAGCAGGUGUCGAUGCUUCAGAACCAGGGCCGGGAGAUGAUGAUUGUCACCAGUGGAGCCGUGGCUUUUGGCAAGCAGCGACUGCGCCAUGAGAUCCUGCUCUCCCAGAGCGUGCGACAGGCCUUGCACUCUGGGCAGAACCAGCUGAAGGACAUGGCUAUCCCGGUCCUGGAGGCACGAGCUUGUGCAGCUGCUGGGCAGAGUGGACUGAUGGCUUUGUAUGAGGCCAUGUUCACGCAGUACAGCAUCUGUGCAGCUCAGAUCUUAGUCACCAACCUGGAUUUCCAUGAUGAGCAGAAACGCCGGAACCUGAAUGGGACAUUGCACGAGCUGCUGCGAAUGAACAUUGUCCCCAUCAUUAACACCAAUGACGCUGUUGUUCCACCUCCAGAGCCAAACAGUGAUCUGCAGGGGGUCAUUAGCGUGAAGGAUAAUGAUAGUUUGGCAGCACGACUGGCGGUAGAAAUGAAGACCGAUCUCCUAAUUGUUCUCUCGGACGUGGAAGGACUCUUUGACAGCCCCCCGGGGUCAGAUGAUGCGAAGCUUAUUGACAUAUUUUACCCGGGAGACCAGCAGUCUGUGACCUUUGGAACCAAAUCCCGGGUAGGAAUGGGAGGCAUGGAAGCCAAGGGAGGAGAAAACUCUAGAGCCUAUGUAAAGGCCGCUCUGUGGGCCCUCCAAGGGGGCACUUCUGUGGUCAUUGCAAAUGGGACGCACCCAAAGAUCUCUGGCCAUGUCAUCACGGACAUUGUGGAAGGCAAAAAAGUUGGCACCUUUUUUUCAGAAGUGAAACCUGCAGGCCCUACUGUAGAACAGCAGGCUGAAAUGGCUCGAGCUGGUGGCAGGACCCUGGCAGCAUUACAACCUGAACAGAGAGCUGAUAUUAUCUAUCAUCUUGCUGACUUACUGACAGACCAGAGAGAAGAAAUUCUGUUGGCAAACAAGAAAGACAUGGAAGAAGCUGAGAACAAAGGGAGACUGGCGCUUCCUUUGAUGAAGAGACUGAGUCUGUCUACGUCCAAGCUGAACAGCUUGGCCAUUGGUCUGCGCCAGAUUGCACCAUCCUCGCAGGACAGUGUGGGCCGUGUCAUUCGCCGGACGCGAAUAGCAAAGGACUUGGAAUUGGAGCAGGUGACAGUGCCCAUUGGUGUCCUGCUGGUGAUCUUCGAGUCCCGCCCAGACUGCCUCCCACAGGUGUCUGCUUUGGCCAUUGCCAGUGGAAAUGGUUUAUUGCUGAAAGGCGGAAGGGAGGCAUCACAUAGCAAUCAGAUCCUUCACCACCUGACACAGGAAGCACUUUCUAUCCAUGGGGUCAAAGAUGCAGUGCAGCUGGUGAAUACCAGAGAGGAAGUAGAGGACCUCUGCCGCUUGGACAAACUGAUAGAUCUGAUCAUUCCACGCGGGUCAGCUCAGCUUGUUAGGGACAUCCAGAAAGCAGCUAAAGGGAUCCCAGGGAUGGGGCACAGUGAAGGGAUCUGCCAUGUAUAUGUGGACGUAGAUGCCAGUGUUGAGAAGGUCACAAGGAUAGUCAGAGACUCAAAGUGUGAAUAUCCUGCUGCUUGCAGUGCUCUGGAGACGCUCUUGAUUCACCGGGACCAGCUGCGAACCCCACUGGUUGAUCAGAUCAUCGACAUGCUGAGAGUGGAGCAGGUGAAGAUUCAUGCUGGCCCUAGGUUUGCAUCUUACUUGACUUUCAGUCCUUCAGAAGUGAAGUCUCUCCGUACAGAAUACGGAGACCUGGAAUGCUGCAUCGAGGUGGUGGACAGUGUCCAGGAAGCCAUUGAACAUAUCCACAAAUAUGGAAGCUCUCACACAGAUGUGAUCGUCACAGAGAAUGAGAAAACGGCAGAGUACUUCCUGCAGCACGUGGACAGUGCCUGCGUGUUCUGGAAUGCCAGCACCCGAUUCUCCGAUGGAUACCGCUUGGGGCUUGGGGCCGAGGUUGGAAUCAGUACUUCUCGUAUCCAUGCCCGUGGACCGGUGGGGAUCGAGGGACUAUUAACUACAAAGUGGCUGCUGAGAGGGGACAAUCAUGUUGUGUCUGACUUCUCAGAGCAUGGGAGCAUGAAAUAUCUUCAUGAGAACCUCCCCAUCCCUCAGAGGAACACCGACUGACAGCACCUGAGAGCCCAGGAGUGCGACAGGUUUACUGAGGAUGCUCAGGCUCCAGAGCUGCCUCUGGGGAGGAGUUUGUACUUGCCCUCAGGUGAGUUGUCUGCUCUGGCUCCCCCGGGGGGUUAGACACUGUGCAGUAAAAUGAAGAAAAGACAAUUGUGUCUGUCUGAGAGUUCCUGCUCCUACUCGCUGUUAGCGCCAUGUAGCAACAAACAUAGAGGCUGCAAGUAGACACCUGUUCCCAGAGCUGGGUCCUCAGACCAUCCCAGCUGCACAGUGAGACUCUCCCCUUUGCAUCCCUUUCUCUCCCUUGCUCCUUUGGUAAACCACCUUUACUUGCUUUGGGGUGGACCUGUUCCUUUCUCUUAAUAUCUUCCUGUGGCACUUGGCCAUCUCAUCCUGGUCUGAAGGGCUUUGUUUCUGAGAAGACUUUGUAUUGCCGAGCGUGUUCCCUUUCCCUGCAGUCCUAGCAUCUUGGCAGCUCUUGGAAGGGCUGGAAUGUUCUGACACUUACUUUGCACUUAAAUGUUAGGUAAAUCGAUGAAUAAAUGUUCCAGCGGCAGAAUGCUUUGACCAAGAGAUCCUUUUUAAUGUUUGAUUUCUUUUAAUUACAGAUAAAUGUAGAUAAAUUUCACAACUGUAAAUGUGGAUUCCAUUACCCUUUUAUGAAUAUUUGUACCAAAUAUUUUUGUUCAUUGUUUUAUAUGAAACUUUAUCAUCCCCACAGGAGAAUGGAAAUGGUAUUUUAACUCCAUGUUUUUCAAAAUAAAGUUCUUGCAAAAUGA